GCGCUUUAGCAUGACCGACCUCAUCGGGCCGGAGCGCAUGGCCAAGACCCGAAGCAGCUCCUCGGACGAUGACGGCUCCGAACCCAUGACACCGCCCAGCGACGACAAGGACGAGAGCUCUUCGACCGCCGAGUACCAGCUGGACCUCGAGCUCGGGACGCCGACGACGCCGCCGCCGCCGUCGACCCGCGCGGCCUCGGCCGAGUCGGACUCGCGUACCGAGCUCUCGGUAAGCACGCCUAUGGAAGCGGACGAGGCCCGCGAUGCGAUCUCGUUCCAUAUUGAGAGCACACGCGUCGUCAAGAAGCAGCUCCUGCCGUCCUGCCUCUUCCGCGCAGCCGUUCACGUCGGGCGACGCGCAUCCUGGCACAUUCACUUUGGUCAGAAGGAGCUUCUGCGGCUUCAUGCAUGCAUGACAAUCUACCUCCUCUGGAAGAAGCGCACGUUUGUACAUUUGCCGCUCACGCUCCUCAUGGAGAAGCGGGCGGCGACGCGCGCGCUCGACAAGGACGUGGUCGAAGGCUACAUCCAGCGCUUGCUGGCGAUUCCCGAAGCGCUGCAGUGCGAAAUGUUUCUGAGCUUUCUCGAAAUGAGCCCGCUGCGAUUACAAGGCAACCCGCGCUGGAAGUCGAUGAAGGAGGGCUACGUGCACAUGAAGAUCAACGGCGCGGAGCAGAUUCCGUUCCAGAAAUUCUGCUCUCGCCGGCUCGAGAAGAUCUACCGCCACUCGUACCGCAUCCUGCUGCGCAUCGCGUUCGUCUCGUGCGUGCUCUUCAUCAUCUGGCCCGUCCUCCUCUUCCUCAUCGUCGCCUUCCAGAACGAAGACCUCCUCGCCACGAUGCAAAACGGCGUCAACGACUUUUUCGGGCACGCGGGCCUCCCACUCUGGUUUGUGAUUGCGCUUGUGCUCGGGCUCCUCGCCUUUGGCGUCGGCUUCAUCUACAAGUACUUUGAGCGGCGCCUCGGUACCGUCCGGCGCUGGGCCGUGCUCAAGCCGACGUGUAUCGCGUUCUACAAGAGCCGCGCCGACCUCGAGGCGAGCGAAGUCUUUCUCUUUGACACGCGCUUCAAGGCCGUCGAGGGCAACUACCGCCAAGGCACGUCGUGGAUGGCCAACGGCCUCACCGUGCGCAACAAGGGCGGGUACGUCGAGGUCGACUGCGGCCACUACUACACGCGCAUCCUCUCGGUGCUCGCGCUUGCACUGGCGUUUCUGAGCGUCAUUGCCAUCUCGCAGUCGGGGUUUGACUUUAAACCGAUCGCGUACGCCGAGACCGCCGCCGACCCCGCGACGUUCAACUCGACCAUCUGCGGGUUUGCGUUCAAGGCCAACACGAGCUACUUUGAGCGCAACCUGGGCUUGAGCGGCAACAUUUACCGCUUCCGCGUCGAAGAAAACAGCCACGACAGCGCCGCCCAGCUCGUCAGCAACAAGGCCUUUACCAUCGACGAAGGGCUGCAAGGCGCCAAGCUCGGACCGCAAUGGCUCGGCAACUACGAGUCCAAGCACCGAUAUGUGGGCAUCUUCAAAAAGUACGACCCCAAAAUCGACGUGCUUCGUGCCGUGACGAGCAUGUCGCUGCCGCCGUUUCCCGACACGCGCUUUGUGGGCCUCCAAAGCUCGUCCAGCAUUGACGGCGACGAUGUGCUCAUCUCGCUCUCCAACACGACGUGCAUCAUGCCGAUCGAGUUUUCCAACGUGACGGCCGCCACGAUCGGCUACGUCGUCGCGUCCCUCCUGCUCGGAAGCGUGAUCGCGUCGACGGUCGGUAUCUUUUGCAACUACAUCAUCUCGUACCUCGGCCUCUGGCACGCCCACGUGCGCCGCGACAUUUGGCUCUCGCUCCUCCGCGACCUGCCGAUGCGGCCCAAGAACCACCGGUAUCUCUCGUUUGCGCCCCAGCGCUCGGAGGGCUUUGUCAAGUGGCACGUCGACGGCGAAGACACGUACGAAGCCAUGAUGCACGCGAUCUUGAACGCGACGACGCAGAUCCUGAUUGCUGGCUGGUGGGUCUGCCCCGACUUGCUGCUCCAGCGCCCCAAGCCCGGCCGAGAGGGUCCUGGUCCGAGCUUGAAAGACCUCUUGCUGCAGAAGGCUGAGGCCGGCGUCAUGAUCCACGUGCUCAUCUACCGCGAGGUGCGCGUCGCGAUGGACCUCGGGUCGUACUACGCGAUGAAGUCGCUCAUGCGGCACCGCAACGUCCGCGUGCUGCGGGACCCGGACUUCCAAGUGCAGUUUCUCGGCUUCUGGAGCCACCACGAGAAGAUCGUGUGCGUCGACACUACGACCGCGUUUGUCGGCGGUCUCGACUUGGCGUUUGGCCGGUUUGACACACCGGCGCACGUGCUCUCGGACCCAGGGCCGCCCGAGUGCCAGCGCUGGCCGGGCAAAGACUACUCGAACCCGAUCAUCAAGGACUUUGUGCAUGUCGACCGACCGUUUGAAGACCUCGUGGACCGCGAGUCGGUGCCGCGCAUGCCGUGGCACGACGUGCACUGCUCGCUCCAAGGCGAGGCCGUCCUUGACGUCGCCUUGCACUUCAUCGAGCGCUGGAACUUUGUGUGCGCCAAGAAGGACAGCGCGCUCCGCACGGAUUGGUGCGUCUGCUUUCGGACGCGCCGGUUCAAGUUUUUACCCAAGAGCAUCGUACCGCUCGACGCGCCAGCGUCCCCACCGAAGGGCGCGGAAGCGUACCAGCCGUGUGCGCUGCAGGUGCUGCGGUCCGUCUCGCAGUGGUCGGCAGGCGUCCCGACCGAGGCCAGCAUCCACACGGCGUACUGCGAGACGAUCCGCGCCGCGCAGCACUACGUGUACCUCGAGAACCAAUUCUUCAUCUCGGGUCUCCAAGGCAACAGCAUGGUGCUGAACCGGAUUGUCCAAGCGCUCGUGGACCGCAUUGCGCUGGCGGUCGCGCACCACCAAGUGUUUCGCGUCUACGUGGUCAUGCCGCUUUUGCCGGCGCUCGAAGGCAACAUCCAGAGCAAGCAGUCGCUGACGCACUUGCAUGCGAUCAUGCACUGGCAGUACGAGACGAUCCGGACGUCGCUCAUGGACGCCCUCGCCCACAUUACGCUCGUGCCGCACGAGUACGUGAUGUUUUUGGCCUGCGCACGUUUGGGAUCAUGCCCAACGGCCGGCUCGUGACGGAGCAGAUCUACAUCCACUCGAAAGUUUUGAUUGCGGACGAUCGCGUCGUCGUCAUGGGCAGCGCCAACAUCAACGACCGCAGCAUGAACGGCGACCGCGACUCGGAGAUUGCGAUCGUCAUGGAGGACACGACGUUUACGCUCGGGCGUUUGAACGACGAGCCGUACCGGCAAGGGACGCUCGCAACCGCGCUCCGGCAGCAGCUCUUCCGGGAGCACCUCGGCCUCUCGCCGACCGACAACUCGACGCUGGACCCGGCGUGCGCCUCUACGUGGCACUUUAUCCAGCGGCGCGCCAAUGCCAACACGCGUGUGUUUGAAAACGUCUUUCACUGCGCGCCCUCGGACGAGUUGCGGUCGUUUGAUGCGUUUGAAGCGACGUGGACGCAGCUGGACGCGGUCUUUGAGAACCAGCGGCUCAACCCGCUCCGGGGCCGGCACGCGUGGGACGCCCAGAACCUCAAGUCCGACGACUAUGCGCCGUGGACCGACAUCAACGGCGUGCCCGUGCCGCUCGAGAAGAUCCAGCUCUCGGAGUUUACGCUCGUGAGCGACCACAGCUUCCCGAUGCUCUCGGACGACGACGACAAGUGGUACUAUGCGCGCAACUUUAAAAUCUUUCAAGACAUGCGCCUCGUGCCCGCCCACGCGGUGCGGCGGCGCGACAAGCUCCAGCACUUUAUGGCGGACCGACUCCUCGCCCAAGUCCGCCGUCGCAAAUACGUCCGGACGUCGGCGCUGCUCUUGCACGACGACGACUGCGCGGUCCUGCACUCGUCGCGGUCGCUCGCGGACGAUGACGAGACGACGUUUUACGGCAAGUGGCGGCAGUGGACGAAGGCGUCGAAUUGGACCCAUCGCGGCCGCAAGUCGACGAUGGACCAGGCCGACGACGCGGUCUUGCAGACGACAGACACGGACGUGGCGAUGGCGACGAUCCCGGCGCGCCACAGCGAGAGCGACGUGCCGUGGACGGACCCGCACCCAAAGAAGAUCCUUCGGCGCUCCGAGACGGACUUUGCCCGGAAGGCCAGCAGCCUCUUCCUCCCCUUUUUGCACAAGGGCGAGUCGUCGCAGCAGCACCAUCUGUACCAUGACGACGACGCGAUGGAGAUGCGCCCGGCGCGGUCGUGGCUGCCGUUUUUGCAUCCGAGCGAUAGCGUCGACGACGGCAGCCAGCUCUUACUGCAGUCGCCGUCGGUCUCGGUGCAGUCGGAGCAGGCCGAAGCGCAGCUCGGGAACGUGCAAACCAACGCGAGCGUGCCCGUGACGGAGGAGAUGGACGCGAAAUUCCAGCUCUCGGCGAUCCAAGGCCACCUCGUCGUCUUCCCGCUCGAGUUUCUCGUCGACGAGAAGCUCCGGCCGCCCAUCUUGCCGCCGUACCUCCAUAUUUAAGCCGGUCAUACAUGAUGAUGAUCUUGUGUUGUGCACAG